UCACCAAAUUCAAAUUCGAAAAAUCCCUCCAAAAAUUAAAAUAGCAGAAAUCAUGGCCGGAAACACGACGACGGCGGCGAAGAGCAUCGGCGGCCGCGGCAGGACUAAAUCGAAGUCGGUUACCAGAUCUGCAAAAGCCGGUCUCCAGUUCCCCGUAGGUCGGAUUGCUCGUUUCCUGAAGAAGGGUCGUUACGCUCAGCGCGUGGGAUCUGGCUCCCCCGUCUAUCUCUCCGCCGUCCUUGAAUACCUCGCUGCGGAGGUUUUGGAGCUUGCUGGAAAUGCGGCGAGGGACAACAAGAAGACGAGGAUCGUUCCGAGGCAUAUUCAGUUGGCUGUGCGGAACGACGAGGAGCUGGGGAAGCUUCUGGGAUCUGUGACGAUUGCUAACGGCGGCGUUUUGCCCAACAUUCACCGCACUCUGCUGCCGAAGAAGGCUGGGGAAGGCAAAGGAAAGGGGGAAAUUGGGUCCGCAUCUCAGGAAUUCUGAAAACCCCUCUUUUGUUGAUGUAGAUUACUAGUUUUAUCUUAGGCUUAUGUAUUCCAAUUCAACUCCUUUUGAUUAUAUGAAAAUAUUUUAGUUUGA